AUGAUAAUGAAAAAGAAAACCGGCAAGAAGAAGCUAGGGAGUGAAGAUGAAUGGUCCUCUGAAAAUGAAGAUUAUGAAGAGAACUAUGAGGAUGAAGGGGAUUAUGAAUCUGAGGUGGAUGAGAGUGAAGUAGUGGACAUGAAUCGGCGGGAACAAGGGUAUGAACAAUUAUUACAUGAUUUCGAAGUAGAAUCAGGCCAUAGAUUGUUAUGGGAAGGCCAUAGUGAUAUUGCCCAACAGUGGUGGGAAUAUGAGAAUGGAAAAGGAGCUGAAAUGUCACUUUCCCAGGACGAAGUAUACUUAGUGGACAAUUUAAGGGCCAUCCAGGAAGAAGUCAUAGAAGCCUCGGAGGAAGAAAAUGACCCCAAGUAUGAGGGUGAUGAAGGAUCAUCCGAUGGUAAUUAUUCUUUUUCUUCACAAUGGGAAACGUCAGAUGACGAUGAGUCCCAAAUAGAAGUUGUAAUAAGCAGUGGAUCGACAAGUCUAACCACCCCGGAGGAAGAAACUUUGACCGAAGAGUGGAAGGUUAAUAAGAGUCUUGCAGACCAAGUAAAACAAGAGGAUGCAAUGAUGGAUGAAUUUAUCAAAUGGCCAGAAAAUGAACAGGAAGAAACCUCUGAGCCACAAGCCAUUGGUAUCGGUGCAGAAGGAAUUGGUAUUGAAAAAGAUGAACAGGCAUUGGCCUUUGCGGGAAAAACUCGGCGCUUCGAAAAUGAGUUCUUCUUUUACAACCACCCCACCCUUAAUGACCAUAUAGCAGCCCGGGAGCUCAAUUUAAGGGAGGCCGUAUAUUGGGUAGAUUUUUGUGGCUAUCCUUUAAUUGCCAACGACCCAAAUGAAUUACUCAUCUUGCAAAAUCAGAUGCAAGAUGAGGUACAACAAAGUGAAGCACGGCAGUUAAUGACUUUACAAACCGGCAUUGACCCUGGGUAUGACCGAAGACUUGUGGAUGAUAAUGGUGUUCUUAUAUCACCUGUGGAAAUCGAGUUGGAUUAG